UUUACUUUUCUGUGUUUCCUGAAUGUUUGUUAACUAAAGCGAUGAAUAAAUGUCCUCGAUGCAACUGCGAAGCGACUGGACAGAAUCGCCUCGUCACCGACAACUGUGGACACAUGAAGUGCCGCCUUUGCCUGCUGGCGGACGUUUCCGAUUGCCUUGAGUGCCGAGUUGCAAGCGAGAAAAGUGCCAGGAUAAUACCUAAGCAACAGGAGUCCAAAGCAAUAACUUCUGCCGACAAGCGGAUAAUAGUCACUGAACAAGGCUAUCAUUGCACGGUUUGCAACAAAGACUUUCGAAGUCGCACCCAGCAAUAUUACCACCUGGCCUGUGGCGACGAUCUCCUCAAAAAAUUUAGCUGCAAGGAAUGCAGUCGCAGGUUUGCCACUCGUUCCCAUUUGAAGUACCACCUCAGCAGCCAUGAUAAUCAAUCCAAGCACUCGUGCAGCAUCUGCAGGAAAAGUUUCAAACAGCCAAUCGUUCUCCAGCGCCACAUGCUUACCCAUAGCCAAGAGCAGCAUGUGUGCCCGCACUGCAAAAAGGUUUUCCGCCGCAAGAGCUCCCUUAAAAGCCACCUGGCAAUCCACUCCGAUCUCGGCCUGCCCUACAAAUGCGAACUGUGCUCCAAACAUUUCCAGAACAAGGCCAAUCUGAAUCAGCACUUGCGGAAGCAUGAUAAGGACAGCAUCCGGCACAAGUGCAAGGUCUGCCAAAAGUCCUUUCUGCGGCAGACCACGCUGCGGCUGCACAUGAAGCGUCAUUCCAAUCGCGAGCGCCUAUCCUGUUCCCUGUGCGGCAAAAGUUACAACGAUGCUGAUGCACUGGGCCGUCACCUAAGGCAGCACAAGUCUGUGGAACGCUACCGCUGUAUGCAAUGCGAAAUCACGGUGAACCGGAAGGACAACAUGCUGCGGCACCUACGUUCAAUGCAUCCCGGCUGUACGUUCGAGAGCAGUGUGGAGAUUGUUGCACCAGGCACUAGUGCCCAGGUGACCACAGAGUCGGAGGAGAGACCAGCCGAGAUCGUGCGCUACAACAGCGUGAUCCAGAGCGUGGGCAACGUGGAGCCAGUAAUACUACCACUACAGCCUCCACAGCCAAUUCCACUCACUGAAAUGCAGCUGGAUCCUUCAAAUGUUGUAACUGAACACCAGCCACUGCCGGAUGUCAUGCCUGAAGAAAAUGUCCUACUUUACCGCAAGAUCAUCUUGGACUUGGACAACGAAGAGUAUUCGAAUGAGCUUGGUCUCGACGAGACUCAAGAACCCACCCUGCAGCAACGUCAACCAUGUGGCCCGGGACAAGGCAGCUCCAAAUUUAGCGGGAUACACUGGCGCAAGAAUUUCAAAUGCUCGUACGAAAACGAGCACACUAAUUGA